UUUAAAUUUAAAUAUGAGUGUGAGAAGUGGAAACUCUAGGCUUUCUGAUGCUAGGAAGGAAAAACUUACUAAUAUUUAUAAUAACCAAGGACUCAAGGGGAAUGUCCAAAAGAAACAGCAACUCAAAGGUCUCCUUGUCGAUAAAUUCAGACUCAAGUACGGUCCAGAAGCCGAGAAGUUGAUUACUAAUGAAGUUACUAAAUUUCUGAAAACAGAUAGGCUCACUGAAAGCAAUUUGGUGAAAUUAGACGAGAAAAUUGGAAGAGCUAAUGAGAAGAAUCAAAGGGCUGAUGAUAUUCUUUCAGAGCACAGAUCUUUGAAAUCAGCUACAGGAUCAAGAAAAUCGAAAGCCUCUAGAAUUUCAAAUGCAUCGAGACCUCAUACCGUUGCUUCAGGACAAUCAAGAAGAUCUAAAGCUAAGCAGAAUGAUGAUGCCAUGUCAGUGAGAUCUUAUGCUUCAUCCAGAAUGAGUGGAGCUACAAACUUGUCCAAGAAAUCAGAAAAGCCUGGUAUUGGUGGUCCUCCCGAAGCUCCAGUUGCAGAAGACUUGCUCUCCGUCCAAAGCAGAACCAAGAGUACCUAUUCCAACCUCAACGAAGAAGACGAAUGGCAAGCCAUCCAAAACUUCAACAUCACCCUGCACUACGAAGAGCAGAAACAGGCUGCCCUCAGAGAACAAGAACGCAAGAGACUCAUCAGGGAAGAACUUGACAGACAAGUCAAAGAGAAGAACAAACGCAAGAAGAAGGAACAGCUCGAAGACAAAGAGUACGAGCAGCUUCAGAAACACCAUCUGGACCUGUUAGACAAGAAGGAGCAGGAGAGGCAACUCGAGUCCAGACAGAAAGUUCUAACCGAAAAGCAAAGCAGAGACCAGCAGCUCCAGCAGGAGAAACUCAGAAAGCGCAUUGCUGAGAAAGAAGAAUUCAAUCGUGAAAGACAAGUUGUCGAACGUCUGAACCAAGAAAUGGAUGAUGAACGUAGACAAGCACAAGAGCGCAGAACUGCAAAUAACGAAAUUCAGAAACAGAGACAGCUUGAAGAAGCCGAGAAGGAACGCCAAGAAGAUGUGGAAGCCCAAGAAGCCUACAACCAAAUGCUCGAACAGCAAGAAAAAGACAGAGCCAAAGAACUCGCCGACAGAGAACGCAGGGCCCAAGAGUUCAUGGGCAGGAUGGCCGACACCGUCAUUUAAAAAUAUGGACCAGAAGCAGAAGGAGGAAGAGGAAAUGAUCAGACAAUACGAAAUUCAAAAAGAGCUUCAAGACAGGAGAAGCGACAAUAAAGCGUAUAUAAAGAGAGAAGACGAAAAGAUCAAAAUGAGAGAGUUCCUGGCCAAGCAAGUCGAAGACAAGAAGAGAAGAGAGAGAAUCGAGAAAGAACUCAAUGACCAGCAAGCUAACAUGUGGCAGAGAGACAGAGAGAACUACGAAGAAGAGCAAAGAAGGAUCGAUAAUAAAAUUAAAAGAAUUAAUCAAGAAAAUGCUGACUUCUUGAAAAGGCAGAUGGAAGAAAAGGAGGGAGCCAGGAAGGGAAGAAUGGACAUGAACGAAUUCUUAAUGAACAAGCAACUCCUCGUCGACAUCAACGGACAGGGAAAGGAGGGGAAUUCAGCAGCAUCCGUCAAUGCAAAUAUGUUCUAAAGAGAGACUUAUUUCAGACUAACAAUUCAAUUA